UCUGAUUGGACAAUCCUGCCAGAACAUGGAUGAAUAACUCCGCUUUGUUGACAUUGGAAACGUCAUCCAGACUCCAGGGCCUAAUCCCUUUGACCAUCGUUUUUCUGACAGCGGGUUGUUGCCGGAUGCAGUGAUUUAUUUAUCAAAAAGACGCUGAGACUGUCGCUUUUAGCGCUAGGCAUGAAGUUGUGAAUAAUCCAGAAGUUUACAGAGGACUUUAUCUGAAGAAAUAUAGUCUCCGCACACCCCAUCAUCAGCUUAAAGCCUCGAAAUGGUGGAUAAAUAUAACUACUACAAGAACAAGCUGGACCCUAUGAAGUAUAGGGCUGGCAGACAGAGCAUGGGGACCAGCCUUACUGGAGUCGGAUAUCUCUGGGCCUUUUUAUCCAUGAUAUCCAUGGGGUUAUCCGCCACAGGAUUCUACUUGCCAUUUUGGCUACAAGGAACAAUGCCUGGAGUAGAGAAUAACAGAACUUCAAUUCUGGUAACGUUCGGACCAUUUCGGAGGUGUACAUAUCCCAGGAUAGACCCUGACACGCAAGCUUUGCAGAUUAUAGAGGAGUGUGGACGAUACACGACUUUCACAGAUAUUCCCAGUUUUUCGUGGCAACUUGUGACCAUACUCGUAGGAACUGGAUGUGCUCUGUCAAUGCUUGUUGCAUUUACUGCCAUGUUUUCCUGUUGUGUACGGGAUGUAAUAUCACAAACUUUAGCUCGAGUUGGAGGAGGCCUCCAGUUAAUAGCAGGUUUACUCAUUGGAGGCGGCUGUGUAUUAUACCCGAAUGGCUGGAACAGCUGGGAGGUACAGCAGGCGUGUGGGGGGCUAUCAGCAGCAUAUCAAAUAGGCACAUGUUCAUUCUCAUGGGCAUAUUACCUCACAAUAGCAGGUGCUGCCACCUCUAUCCUCUGUACUUGUCUAUCCUGUCAUGCCAGUAAAGAAAAAUAUUAUGGCAGUUAUGGAAUGUGACAGGUUUGAAACUGUCUCACCUAUCGCAGUGAAGCUCUGGAAUUUGACAGAAUGUCUAAAAGUGUAUCAACUGUAGCAAUGAAGAUAUGGAAUGUGAAAGAAUUCAACUCAAAUAGAAAAAUGUGUGACAGUAAUGGAGUGUGACAGAGUUAGAAUUGCAUCUCACCUAUCGCAUUUUGGAUUGAACUCUCUCAGUGCAACCAAGAACAUCAUAAUGUCACAGGUGUUCUUCAAGGUAUUUCAUAACUGUCUACAGGAGAGAUGUGAUUCUUCAUACAGUUGACACACACCACGUAACAAAAUGGAGAUUUUACCACAAAAGAUUAUUAUUACAUAGUUGAUAAGAAUGUAUAAUGCAGUGCUCAUAUAGGAACAUGAGAUCGAGUUAUUACUGAAGCAGUUAUGGAAUUUGAAAGUUGGUUUACAGGCUGUUCAUCAAAGCCAUCACUUGAAGAUGUAAUAUUUAUAAAGAAAACUUGGCAGAAAAGAAUAGAUUGCUACUUGAGGAGGAAGCAUUUUUGUCUCACAUUGCACAAUGAACAUCAACUUUUGUAAGAAAGGGGCCAUAGCAAUAGUCUGAAGGUUCAAUAGUCCGAAGGUUCAUCGGUCCGAAUGUUCGGACCGAUGAACCUUUGAUUAUAAAACUGAUGAAAAUGUAACCAUUUUUCGGACCAGUGAAACUUCGGACUAUCAAGACUCUCCCAUAAGAAGCGUUAUAAUAAGGAUAAUGGAAAUCUUCCAUGCAUCUGUGUGGAGCGUUGAUGCUACGCACGGGCUACCAUGUUCCUGCACAUUCCUCCAGUUUCCGGUUUUCGUCAAGUUACAGACUUCCUACCUUUUGGUUUUACAUCAGCCAAUUUUUUACACUGAUUUUGUUUUGGGGAAAAAAGAUUACAGAGUGCCACAUUUAGUACAAUGGAAGUUAUAUUACAUAAACACAGUGGGUAUGUUCUGAUGGAAAUUGAUUUGUUAUGCACAAUGAUGAAAAUUUAAAGACCCUCUAUAAAUUAGCUGUCAAACUGACAUUGAACAGAGGAAGCAAACUCGAUGGUUUUAGCUGUAACGUGGAUGAUAAAUUAUGUUUUUAUAUGAAAGAUGGCAAUUUGGAAGUUUCGAUGUUGUUGUGGUCACAUUGUUUAUGCUUCUACCUUGAAUGAAAGUAGAAAUGUUUAGAAAUGUUAAUGUCAACACAUCUUUCAGAUUUUUCUUGAUAUCCACUUCUUGUUGAGACGUUACCUCAUCUUCAUCUGAAUGUUUAUUUGCCUUCUAAUAUUGUCAUAAUCAAAUGCAGAACUUACAUGAUACUAAGAUUUACAUUAAUUUAAAAAAGGAGUUCUUGUAAUGCUUUUAUUUGAUAUUUUAUAUAUUUUUGAUAUCCCAGUGGA